AUCAUUGUUCUGUGUUCUUGAUAGAGUUACCCUUUUAUCUUCAGUACAUCAUAAUGAUUCUUGAUUUUCUACUUUGAAAGGUGAUUUCAGAAGUCAGAUGUGAGCCCACAUCUGCGUUUUAUAUUGUGGCACACUCUCGCAUUUUUCAAUUCGAGUUCAUAAAGUCUGCAGCGUUUCCAGGAAUCAUUUACCAAAUACGGUCUUUUAAAAAGUCCACUAAGUAUCAAAUACAAUUAUCUUACUAACAGUCGUUUUGCCGCUUACUAUUACUUAAAAGACUAAUUUGCUGAGGUAAACUUGUGUAUCGUUAAGAUGAGCGUUAUUUCACUUUGAAUUAUUAUUACAAUUAAUGUAGACAUCCUUAUUCUAAUUGCGGUCUUGCGAUGGCUUGUGAACUGAUAAACUUUGGUAGAGCGGAAGUUGAUCAUGUGAUGACUAAUCCAAAAACUUGUAAUUGGCUUUACAGAGGUCAUUCAGUUUCGGUCAGGAGCCAGCCAAAAGAAGAAGCAGAAUUUUUCUCUUAGGAAAAAGCUGUUUUCCGUGACAAGGCUAAGAUGCAGAACAAAUGCCUGUUGGGAUUGAUUUUUCUGUCGUGCAUGAACAGAUGCAUUGCUCAGAGCAUUCAAACAAUCAACAACUGCACGUGUCAGACAUCAGAUGGAAACUUUUACAGUCUGUGGCCCCUCAGAGGAACAGAAAAACCACACUUCAUUGAUGUUAAGGGAAAAAAUGGUUGGAGGUAUGCUUACAAUCCUUGUACCUCUAUGACAUUCGGACAAGAUGAUCCAGACCAUGGAAAGAUAUGUCAUGAUAUCGGAAUAUGUAAAUAUCCUGAAAUAGAAAAACCGCGUGAUUACCUACAAGUUGGUGUGCAGACAGGGGUCAGAUGUGCACUAGGCGCAGAAGGACAGAUUGAGCUGGUGUAUAAAACAAACGAUCCCUCUAUCGACCCAAAACAUUCAACGGUACAGCUUAUUUGUGACCAGACUAUUCCAUUCCCGGAUUUCGGUUCAAAGUUGUUUAAUUGGAAGCUGUACAUUUUGCUACCAGUUCUUGUAGUAGUUAUCGUCAUCAUGCUUUGUUUUCUAUGUAUGUGGUGGCAUAUUCCUGCUUUUAGAAAUGCCCUGAAUCGCAGAUGCUGCCAUCGUUUGGGAGGGUAUGAACAGAUCGAAGAGGAAUAUAGAAACCACUUUAAAAAAACAAAGACAACUAACGUUAUCAAAAACAAAGAUAAGGCUGUUGAACACGACGAUUUUGAUGUAAAAGAUGAACUGGUCGAGCCAGUUCAAGACGUAGACGUGGGGGACAAGUCCCAAACUGUUGGGAAAAAUGACAUUUUAACAUUAGUUUUGUAACAAAACCAAACCCCUUGUUUAGGUGUUGGGUCCCUAUUGCCCGGGCUUGCCCAAAGAGCAAAAGGCCAGGUAAAGGUUUGGCCUUCGUAAUUUUUUUCGGCGUUCAGCAACAAAUCGCCCUCUGAACCAUAAAGAGCAUCUGUGAAAUCCAAGUAAGCAUCAUCUCCUACCUCUCGUAACGAAUUUAACUGUUUUCAAAUAGUCUUGCACUUGUCUAAUGUUUAUAUAUCUGAAGGGUUGGAAAGAGAGGAUUUUUUCUCGAAUGUAAGGAGAAAAAAUGGCGUCUGAUGCGAACCGGACGGUGGUUUUCCCCUCCUUUUGCACUAUCCUAGAUCAAAAAUCACCUUUGUAGACCUCAAAAAUAAGAAGGGAUAUGAGAGAGAAUAUUCAACUGGAAGUAAAAUAGCUUCGAUCGGUAGUUGCUUGAUCGAAUACAUCAAAUUAAUUUAUUAAGAGGACGCGGAGUAAUUUGGAGGUAGGAAGACUGCAAGUUUCAAUAAAAAACCUCCAUUUACACUUUA